AUUCAAUCGAUGAACGGCAUAUAAUUUCUUGAACCAAAGAGAAUCAAACGUCAUGAAGUUUAUUUUGUUGUUGGCACUCUCGCUGUCUAUAUUUGAUCAGUUCAAAUUGGUUUGUAGCCAAAAUUAUACCUCGAAAAGUCCGGUCUAUACCUCAUUAAUUAAUGCAUUUGUAUCAAAAACUGAUGCAAUCAGGCUAUCGUAUGACAUAAGAGAUAGAUUAACCAUCGUUUUCAAGACAAAAGUAUAUCGGAAACCAGAUAUUGUUUUGAGUCGUUUGGAUAUGUAUGAAAGUUCUUCUAAUAGUCCCAAUUUUGAUUAUUUCGUUCAAAUGUAUGAUAAGUCGGGGCUGCCCGAUUUGGAGAGUAUAAUGUAUAAUAUUAUUGGACGUGGUGAUGAUGAGGUUCGAAGAAAGAUGAAAGGAGAUAUUGAAUACAUAACAAAGUUGCGCCAUGAUAUUCGUAAUUUCUAUAAUAAUAUUUAUAAGGGAUUGUUCGUCGAACCAAAAUUUAUCGAAAUCAAUGGCUUCCAACAAGCAUUUGAAAAAUUCAAUAAAACACCACUAAAAAAGGCACAAGAAAAAAAGAUCAAAGAAAAUAUUGAUUUUAUAGGAAAUGCACAUAGUCAAAUCAUCACGAGUUUGAGUGAAAAAUUGUCAGAGACACCAUUUUCAAGAUUGGAAUGCUCAAAGCAAUAUGAUUCGAGCAAAAAUAAACUAAAUGCGAUUAAAAAAUCCGAAAAUGAUGCAGAUAUGAACGAUGUGAGUUUUUCAUUUCUGAUGGAUGUAAGUGUUUUUAUAACCGAAUUGACAACAAAACUGGAAGCAUUUAAAAAUGACAUGAGUGCUGCAUCAUCGGUUGUCGAUGAGUUAACUAAAGCCCGGAUUCAAUGGCUGGAAAUCGUAAUGGGUGUAAAAAUUCAAGCACAAAAUGGAGGAGUAAGAAUGAGUUGUUGCGGGGCGAUAUAAUUUGAAUCCAACAUCAUAUUGGUUUAACAUUCAACAGAUGAAAAACAACUAAUUUUAUCCAGCACUAAAUAGACGAAAAUAUUUGUAUUUUAUCAACUGUAUAAUAAAGGCAAAUACAAUACCAAAAGUGAA